UGAGACAGCUGACAGCUGAAAAUCUGCUUCCACGACCACACGUCUUCUGCAUCCAUUUGACAAUUCUGCAAAAUGCAUAACUUACGGAGAUUGAAUAAAGUUAUUUUACCCCCACUGGUACACGAAUGGACGAAUAAUUAAAUUAUUAUUUCAAUUUGCAUCUAAGUGUAAAAAAGAAAAAAUGUUGAGUCUAGAACUAGAACUAGAAGUAGUCAGUUCAGUUACACACUUAAUCUUAAACUUAAACUUUAAAUUAAAAUUAAGUCUAAACUAAAGUUAAGACUUAACAGUAGUUAAGUCAGUCUACAAAUUAAAGUUUAAGUUCAUUUAAGAAGGUUAAUUGGUUACUUCAAAGCUUGCAUUGCUCUCAAAGUUUAUUUUUACAAUAAUUCAAGGAAACUUCACAAACUAUGAUGGGUUUUUUAUCUUUACCGGGUCCUUGAAGUUCUGGAAAUCACAAUUUCUAUUUACAUUUUUUUUGAAAAUCCAUAGAAAAAACCUGUAAUAAAAUAAAAUUCAUUAUUUGUGUAGGACCUCUACAAAUUAAAGUUUAAGUUCAGUUAAGAAGAUUGUUUUAAGACUUCAAAGGCAAAGCUUGCAUUGCUCUCAACAAAGUUUAUUUUUACAAUAAUUUUUGAAUAAUUCAACAAAACUUCACAAACUAUGAUGGGUUUUUUUUCUUUACCGGGUCUUUGGUGACAUUCUGGAAAGCACAAUUUCUAUUUACAUUUUUUUGAAAAUCCAUAGAAAAAAUCUGUAUAAAAUAAAAUUCAAUAUUUGUCUAGGACCUUUGCAUUUUCUAAUUUUAAGGGGGGGGGGGGGGGUUUUUUUUUUUUUUUUUUGUUUUUUGUACCCCUUUUUUUUAAAAAUUUUUUUUAAACUUUUUUCUAUCCUAAUAAAAUGUUAGUAAACAACACGGAUAGAAUCAGAAUCAGACUAAACCACAGAAAGCUCCUUUUCUUUCCAAUCAUGCUACUUAUCUAGCAUUAAAUUUUUAAGUGAAAUCGCUGCUAUUUCCUAAAUGUUUUUAUAUUCAAUCUAAAACUUAAUCAAAUGACACAGUCAAUUUAAACUUAAGGCUACUUAUCUCAAUUUUGUUUUGAAAAAAAAUUGUUUAAUGAGACUUUCAAUUAAAAAAAACAACUUCUCAACAUGUGAUAAUGAUAAGUUUUUUUGUAUUUUUUUAAAUUGAAAUAGCACUUUACACUAAGAAAUACCUGUGCCAGAACAAAAUGGACUGGUCAAGAAACCAUACAAACAGAUGACCCUGAAGUUUAUGAAAUCAUCAAGCAGGAAAAAUUCCGCCAAUCUAAUGGUUUGGAACUCAUUGCAUCUGAAGUAAGUCAAAGGCUAUCUAAUUAAAUUGUUAAAAUAUGUGCCUUCUUACAAUGAAUGUUAAUAAAGAUAACCUAAAUUUCAUUUUUUCCAUUUGUAUAAAAUAAAUUAAAAAACUUUACACAACUAUUUUAACUUGUAAUGUUAGUAUUAAAUUUUUUUUUAAGUUAUGAGAGAUGUCUAUAUUUUCUAGAAUUUUGCAAGUCGGGCUGUUUUGGAAGCCUUAGGAUCAUGUAUGACUAACAAAUAUUCUGAAGGUUAUCCAGGUGCCAGGUAAAUAUUUGAGAUUAAUUAAAAUUAAAUAUUCUUGUUUCUAAUAGUACGUAUUUGUAAAAAAAAUAUUUAAAUGUCAAAUAAUAUCUUGUUUAUAGAUGAAUCGGUACAUUCUAUUUAACUCACAACUGACCAGAAAUAAUAUUUUAAUCUGCAUUUUAUAAAAAGGUACUAUGGUGGCAAUGAAAUUAUUGACAAAAUGGAACGCCUGUGUCAGGAAAGAGCUCUUGAGGCUUUCAGGCUUGAUCCUGAAAAAUGGGGCAUCAAUGUGCAGCCAUACUCAGGAAGUCCAGCUAACUUUGCAGCCUUUACAGCCCUCUUAGAACCUCAUGAUAGGCUAAUGGGCCUGGAUUUACCAGAUGGUGGACAGUGAGUGAAAUUGAAAGCAUAUUUGGACCAUCAUAAAUUGAGUCUUUUAGUCUCACUCUAUUUGAUAGACCUGUCAUUAAACAUGACACUUGCUUAGGUUCAUAUUUUUUAAUCAUUACCAUAUAUUACAGUGAAUAACUCGAUCCUUAUGAAAUGCAAAGGCCUAACUUUUUGUUUGAAACAAACACCUAAAAUCUCAUGUUAGCGUACAAUGCGAUCCGAUAAUCUUUUGCCAUAACAAGUUAAUAAUAAAAUACAAUUUGAUGAAAGAAAUAUUAAUUUGAAAUAAAAAUAUCAAAAUCCUUUAAAUUAUUAUGAAAUUUAAAAUGAACAUCGAUUGGGCACUACUUGCAUUACUUUGUUUAUGCGCAGAUACUUUUCACGCUCUGUCGCUGAUUGCAAGUGGGUCAAGUAGAUUUUGUUACAUAAUUAUUACAGUAGGGUUAAUAUGGUUUCAUGAAUAAUUACUUAAUAAGUAUGCCCGUAUAGUGGGAACUCCUAACCUUAAGUACAUUUUUUAAACUAUAAAUUUCUUGCAAUAAACUUUUUACGCGGUAAUAUACCAGUACGGUACAUAUACUCCGACUCACUAUACAAAUAAUAUUGAACUAAGAUAAUCUAUUUUUGCAGUUUAACUCAUGGCUUCAUGACAGAUACCAAGCGAGUAUCUGCCACAUCUAUUUACUUUGAGUCAAUGCCAUACAGACUGAAUGUAAGUUAGUUAUUUUAAUUUUAUCUUACUUUGUAUAUUUCAUUUAAUUUUUUUUUUAAUAUCGAUUUCCAGUAUAAUUAAAUAGUAUAAUUGCACAAAAAAUAUAAUUUUGUAAAUGUAAAAACUUUCUUUAAAUAAGCAGACAUCUAAUACCUUCUUUAUGACUUAGUAAAAUGUAUUUACAAUAUUUAAAUCUCCAUGAUUAACAUUUAUUUUGUUUAUCAUUUAAGCCGAAAACUGGUUACAUCGACUAUGAGAAACUGAGGGAAACGGCUAAAUUAUUUCGUCCAAAGCUCAUAAUUGCUGGAACAACUGCUUAUUCAAGACUCCUAGAUUAUAAGGCAUUUCGAGAGGUAUGAAUAACAGAAUGUUAAAGUAAAUUCCACUUGCUAAGUUUUUAGUUUUGUUUUCCGAAUAUCUUCUAUUUUAACUAUUAACUUAAUUAUUUUUUUUUUAAAUUUAAAGUUACAAUGUUUUAUAAUUUAUAACAUAUUUUGCAUUCUUCAUUGAGUUACAAUUUUUCAUGAAUAUUUUCAGGUAUGUGAUGAAGUCAAGGCACAUCUGUUGGCUGAUAUGUCCCACAUUUCAGGACUUGUGGCAGCUAAUGUUAUACCCUCGCCUUUUGAAUUUGCUGAUGUUGUAACAUCUACCACACAUAAAACUCUCAGAGGUCCAAGGUAAACUCAUUAAUAUAGGCUACACACAGGGUUGCUGUACCUAUAUGUACUGGGCAACAUCCAUUUUCAUGGAUUUUUUUCUAUCCAAAUAUGAAAAGCUGUUAACUGCCGUAACUUAUAUAUUCAUUAAAAUAAUUUCAAUACAUGUAAAAGUUUGUAAAAAGAGAUAAUUUUUUAUCGUAACUUACAGUUACAGUAAAAGUUAAUCUAUUAACCCAUUCCUGCCAAGACCAAUAUAUUUUUAUGUUAACUCUCAUAUGCAGUCUUUAUUAUCUUACACAAAGCAAAGUGGCCUGACUCAUUUGGAAAAAUAUUGGCCCUUUUUUUUAAAAGAAAGUAUUUAAAAAAUGAAAUGUUUCCAUUUUAUUAUGUAUAUUGUUAUCUGAUAAAAAUGAAAGAAUUUUAAAAAAACAUGAUUAAAUAUAAUAUAAGGUUAUUUCAUAUGUAGAACAUAUGUUUGAAUUUAAUAUCCAAAGUGAAACAAGGGUAAGCUAAAUAUGAAUUUACCAUCAUCAAAAACAUAAUCAUCUGCCGCAAGUAAUGACGUAUAAAUUUAAGGAUAGAAUUGGAAAUCGCUUUCUGCACCAAUUCCAUUCAGUAGAUUCUACAUUGGUCAUUUUAUAUUGCUAAUAAUUAAUAGACUUAUCAAGAGCUUGGAAAGUCAUGCUCCAUUCUUAGGCUUUUAAUUUUAACACAAUGUAUAUUUAAGCCCUUUGAUUUCUCCAUAUAACAGAGGGAGGUUAACUUGAGAGCUUAAUGCAGCUAAAGGUGGGAUGGGAAGGCAUGUUUAGGAAAAUAGAUAAAGACACCACUGUAUGAUUAGCGGGAAUAACAGUUGAACUAAACAGUUGACAUAACACUGUCAAGUUAGCUGUGUAUCAUAAAUAUUUGUAAAUCUUUUUAUUUGACCUUAAACAGAUCUGGAAUCAUCUUCUACCGCAAAGGUGUAAAGUCAGUUGACAAAAAGACAGGGAAAGAGACUUUGUAUGAUUAUGAAAAAACUAUAAAUAAUGCUGUCUUCCCAGCUUUGCAAGGAGGACCCCAUGAGCAUCAGAUUGCAGCCAUUGCAGUAGCACUGCGCCAGGUAGAUGAUUCAUUUUUAACUUUUAAAGUUCUCUCUGUUACAUUAAGUCAUUAAAGUAUUUGUCAUAGGUGGGAAUAUAUGGGAGAUAAGUAAUAAUUCCCAUAUUACUUAUCUCCCAUAUAUUCCAAUCGGUGACAGUACUGAUAUUUAAAAGGUUAAUUGUGUUGCAAAAUUUAUUUAAAUAUUAACAGUAAAAGUAAAAUGUUUUCUCCAAGAAAUUUUAUGUCUUUUUUACAAUUGGUGCCAGUAUACAAAUUUCAAAAUAUAGUACCGGUAUAUGGAUUUAUGGGUUUGAGGAUGUGAGGAAUUUUGUGUCAAAAGUUUUAUCAUAAAGAAUGUUUUAAGUUAGAUUAGAAGACAUAAAAAUUUUAUCUUCUGAUGUUUUAGAAGAAUGACUAGCUGAUAUAAGAUUGGAUUAUAGUGCUACUAAAAAUUCAUGCUGUCUAACUUAAUUUUAAUAUUUCCUUGACAUGUCACCAGGCUUUGCAACCCGAGUUCAAGGCAUAUCAAGAGCAAGUGUUGAAGAAUGCCAAAGCCAUGGUUGAACCACUUACUAAGAGAGGAUACACUGUAGUAUCUGGUAUGAUCUAGAAUUCUAUGCAAUGAUAUGCUAACAUCUAUACAAUGCUAACAUAAAGGCUGUGGACAUAAUUACCAACUACUGAACUCCAUUGGUGUGACUAUUUUCACGAUCAUUUAUUUCUUUGCACCAUUGUAUAAUACUGCAAAUUGCAGUACCCGGUAAUAUCUUUGUAGCCAGUAUUUCAUAUUUGUUGUAUUACGGUUUAUAUUUCAAUUCAGAUAUUUCAACUGAUAUUAAUACUGUUAAACAUUUUCAUUCAGAGCCUUUUUGUGCUGGUAAUUUAAUUGCAGGUGGCACCGACAAUCAUCUCAUUUUAGUAGACCUCCGCCCAAGAGGUACAGAUGGUGCAAGGGUCGAGCGAGUGCUUGAGAUGUGUUACAUUACUGUUAACAAAAACACUUGUGCUGGGGAUAAAAGUGCUAUGACGCCUGGAGGAUUGAGAUUGGGUAAUUUCAGAAAUUAUUCCAUAGUUUGGAAUAAAUGUUCUCUCUCUUCUCACCGUGGAUACCCUGUUACCAUAUUGGGUCAAUGUUGUUACCGGGUAUUCAUUAACCCAUUCCUGCCACAUUUUGCAUGUGGCUUUAGUUCGCUCAUUCAAGGUGAUCAUCAACUUGUAAUUCCAAUUCUUUUUGAAGAAUUCAGAAUGUUUUUUUCUUCUUUUGUUUCUAAUUUUGAAAGUGGCUUUCAAGUUCAUGCAAGCUUAGAUGAUGAAAUUCUUUAAAAGAUUGGUGCAAAACCUAUUGAUAUCAUUGCAAUUGCAGACAUAGUCAUAGAUGAUCCAUUGGUUAAAGAAAAGAAGUAUAAAAAGAAUAUGUUUAAAAUUAGUACUAGGGGAUCAUGAGAUGAUGCUGGAAAAGAUGCUUAUGUAUUCAACUUGAGAUAUUAUAAUCUCUAAAUAACAGUAUUUCUUUUAUCAGGGUUAUCAAAUUACUACAUUUAUUUUUAUACCUAAUAAAAUUAAUAAAACAAUGAAUUUUCAUUUUAAUCAACAUUAAAAAUACACCCUAACUUUAAAAGCAUUUUUUGGUAUUUAAUUUAUAUAAGGAAUUAUGCCCCCCGGCUUAUGUUUUAGGGUUGAUUUCAAAAGUAGGUUAGGCUGUUCUGUUCCAAUUAAUUACACAUCUUUUGAUAAUGUUUGAGUUUGUUACUACCAUUACCAGUAAAAGUAUAAGUUGUGACAUGUAUUUGUGCAAUCACUUGAACUUGAAUCAUCUGUGGUCAAACUGUGGCAGGAUAUUAUUUAAGAUCCUUUCAUUUUCACCACAACAUGUUAGUUUGGGGCCUUCCAUAAAUUAAUGAUGCUACACUAUUUUGGACAAAUUGUUACCUAAUCAUCACAAACUGAGAAACCCUAUUACUAUAACUAUAACAUCACAAAUUCUUGACAUCCCACUCUCCCUAGAUGUCAUUAAUGGUGUCAUUAAGGAUGAUGAGGUCUUAGUAGGGUCUUUGUCAUGUUGUGAUGUAUUACAAUACAAUAGAACACAACUUAUGCUGAGGCUUUGUUCUAUCUAGGUGCUCCAGCCCUUACAACAAGAGGAUUUAAAGAGAAAGAUUUUGAAAGAGUGAUCGAUUUGUUAGAUAAAGGGGUGCAGAUAACAGUACAAGCUCAGCAACAAACUAGUAAGAACCAGUGUUUUAAACUUUUUAUCUUGAACUUGAAUUAACUUUCUACAAUAAGGAACUCUGAAGAAAUAUAUACCACUAUCAUCAGUAGGACAUUGGUCUCAAACUGUACAAAAUUGAAAAUACCAGGUACCGGGUACUGAUAAUUCAAAUUAAAAGAAGAAAUAUGUUGAGUGGUAAUCAGUUUACACUCUAUCACUUCACAAUUAUUUGUGUAAAUUCAGCUGGAUAUUAAUAAACAACUGAUGGAUGGUUAAUUAUAAUACAAAUGUAAAGGAAACAGGUAAUAAGCAAAACAAAGUACAGGUAUGGGCGAACCUGAAAAACGGCGUAACAAAACAAUGAAAGUGAGAGUGUCAGCCAGACACCGUAUUCAGUGCACAAACAGUAAAAAUAUAAAGCUAAUAAUAUUAUGUUCCGUUAGCUAAUUGUUUAUUUAUUUAUUUUUUGUUUCCGGUACUGUAGUUUGUUCGCUGAAGAAAGCUUCCUGCCGAGAUGUUUGUUUUUUCGCAUGCCUUAUUCAUUCAGGUUUUCCCAUUUUGUUGUGCUCAUUUCCCUGAUUGCAGUCUCUUAUUACCAUAGUAGUACGAAGGAAACAUCCUCCACUUUCAGCUGAUAAUUUUUGCUGUUUUAUUAAUUUUAUAUUUAUAUUAUAUCCACAGAAACACUGAAAGAAUUCAAGGCUUUUGUAGUUGAGAAUGAAGAUCUCCAAAAGAAAAUAAAAGCUCUGAAAGAAGAGGUCAUGGAUUUAGCAAAGAAUUUUCCCAUGCCAGGAUUCAGUGAUAGAUGAAUAAUUGAAAGACUACACCAAUUCCAAGACCUAAUUAAUAAAGCAAUUUGUACUUGUUAAUGUUAUUUUACUGUGGUGCUGGGUUAAAAUUUAAUGGUAGUAUUGUAGUAUUAUUAGAAAUGUUACGUUUAUCCAUGUUUAUGAUGAUUACCGGUAUGUGGUUAAUGUACAUUUAAACAGAACAGUAUUAAUUCAUUGAUUUAUUAUUAUUAGUGUGUUGGUUCCAGCAUGCAUUUUGAAUGGUAUUAAAAUGUUCUCCACACUUUUAAUUUAUCAAUUACUCAUAUAGCAAUAUCAUAACAUUCUGUUAUCAUACCUGGUAAUCUAAGACUUUUUUUUUGGUCCAAUUUCUAAAGUUACAUUUAAAUUAGAGUUAGAGGUACUGGGUCCUGGUACCAAUGUAAUUUUAAUUACCGGUACCCGGUAGUUAUUUAUUUAAUUUACAAUUGCAACCCUUGAAAUAUCCUUUUUAAAUCCUGGUACUGGUGCUUAUUGAACUACCGGAGUAUAACUAUAAAUACCGGUUACCAGUAAUUUAAAAUACCCCCAUUCAUUAAGUUAACAUGCUACUACUACUCUCACUACUACUACAGUGUAACUGUAAAAUAAAGCACAUCUGCUAACUUUUAAAGUGAUAAAGUCCAUUAAGUCAUUUUCACUAAUUUUCACCUGGCAUGAUACUGGUACUUAGCAUAGUACCUUCCCCUAUUUUGUAUUUAUUUUUUUACUACUACUGUAGGUAUUUUUGAAGAUAUCAAACUUGGUUUAUUGUAAAAAAAAUAACCUGAUGUACCCGGUAACUGUAACUCUAAAACACUGACUGACAUCUGUAUGAGUGUGGUACGGUACUUUUAAAUUCAUGCACAUGUGAAAUGGGG